UAGUGGUAUAUUUAGAAAAUCAAUUUGCGGUCACGCUUCUUGACGAGUGCAUCAAAUGUAAAAAAUAAACAAGUGCAAAUUAUUUUGAAAUUUGCCAAUGAAUCCAAGCAUUACAAUUGAACGUAAACGCGUUGACUGCAACGCAUUACCCAAAGGUUGGCAACGCGAAGAAAUACACCGCAAAUCGGGCUGCAACACGGGCGUUGAUGUUUUCUACUACAGUCCCACAGGAAAACGAAUUGAAAGCAAACCACAAUUAGCACGGCAAUUGGGCGCCGAGAUGUUUGACAUUAGCAACUUUGAUUUCCAAACCGGCAAAAUGCAGUUGCAUCGCCAGAUGCCAUCGCCAUCGAUAUCGCUCUACCGCUGCAAUGCUCAAGGUGCCAUCAUUAGCAACGCUGUAGCAGCUGGCAAUGCUGCGAACGCACUGAAGCGUAAAUUUAGUCGAGCUCAAGCUCAACAAAACACAAACAGCAACAGCGGCAACAGUAUCAACAUCAACACGGGCAACAUUGUCACGUCGAUAUCGUCGUCAGCAGGAAACGCUUCUUCUUCAGUAACAUCGACGACAACUGCAGUGACGGCAGCUAAUCUUCGACAGCAGCAGCAACAACAGCAGCAACAGCAACAACAAUUUGAAUUCAGUCGCGCUCUGCGCACAGAUGUCUCCUUGGUGCCGCCGAUUCGACAGACCGCCUCCAUAUUUAAACAGCCGGUAACUGUGGUGCGCAAUCAUGAGCCCAACAAGGUCAAACAUGACGCCAAACAUGGUGGCCAGGAGAAACCCAAACAACUAUUCUGGGAGAAGCGUUUGGAACGAUUGCGUGCCUGCCAUGACAACGGCGAAGAACUGGACGACAUCUCAUUGCCCAAAACUAUACGAACUGUCGGUCCCAACGUAAAUGAACAGACGGUGCUGCAAUCGGUCGCCACAGCACUGCAUAUGCUCAAUGCUGGCGUGCACGGCCAGAGCUCGACAAAGGCGGAACUGACGAAGAAUGCUAUGGCAUUCAUGAAUCCCGAACAACCUUUAAUGCAUGCGGUUAUCAUUUCUGAGGACGACAUACGCAAGCAGGAAGAUCGCGUUGGUUUGGCUCGACGAAAGCUGCAAGAUGCGUUGAAGACAUGAAUUCAGAAUACAAAUUCCAUUAUGGCUAACACACAUAUUUCAUAAUUUGUACUAUUAUUAACUCAUUUCCGUAGUAAAAUGAGGUUUUCUUUUCCUCUGCCAAUUGAUGUGAAAAUUUUUAACAAUAAGCAUAGAUUUUUAAUAAAUA